UUGAUCUGGCAACCUCGCCUCUAGCAAUCACAACAACAUGGCUGGAUCAAGUGUUGCAGCUAAAGUGAAAGUAGGAAUGAUCAAAAGAUUAGGUAAAUACUUCCAAAACAUUUUUAAUGACUACAAAGCUGCCAUACUGGAGACAGUCCAAGAUUCUCGUGAACAAUCUGUAAAAGCUUCAGUGUACUUUACUGGUCUAGUUGCUGCAGGAAUCCUAAUGAAAUCUAACCCUUCGUCUGCUGAUUUAGAAGACACACUCUUGCAAAGUGCUCACGAACUCUCCUUGAUUAGUGCAUCUAUUAGAAACAAGGAUUCUGACUCUUUUGUGGAUAAUUUGAGAACUGCUCAAAGAAAUGGAUGCUUGCAUCACACAAAUUUAGGAUUAUUCUCACUUGUUUGGCUAAGUGAAUAUCGAGAUGAACUAGAUUUAUAUGAUGCACAGUGUAAAUAUACACAGCUGCCGUGGUAUCAGUGGCACAAAAAGAUUGUUGAUGUUGGAAUACUUGGUAAAUUUGUCACUUUGUCAAAGAAGAUGCAAGAUUAUGAUGUUAACUUAGAUGAAUGGAAAGACAAAAAUCUUACAUAAUCAUAAAUUUUGAUUGAUGUGUUAUAGUAUGUGUAAGUAACUGAAUAUAUUAAUUGCUUUUUUUAUUUUGUGGCAAGUAAUUUAUAAUAAACAACCACUUUUAUAUACAUCUAACACAAAAUGUUCAAAUUUCAUACAAACAUUACAUCACAGGUUUUGUCUAUAUUAUUAUGAAUGACACUACUCAAACCAAUAUAAAUAUACUAAAUUCCUAAUAAUGAAAACAAAUAAUAAUGAAAACCAAAUGUCUUUUUGUUAAACUAGUUUAAGUUAUUUCAUUAAAAAUUGUUUUAUGUUCAUUGGUCAAAGCACUGGCAAUAAUUUUGCAAAAGAUUGAUAAAAUUAUCCAAAGGCAUUACUGGGUUUUUUUUAAUAGUAAAUACUGUUUUGGUAAAUUAUACAUGUGAUUGAAAAUGUAUCACCCUCUUCAGAAUUAUGGUAUCAGAAAAAUAUUUAGCUUUUGUAAUUCUAAUGAACUCAAUAGACUGAUUUUUUGUGACAUCUAUUGAAAUUGAAUGUGUGAUAAAAACCAUUUAAAUUUAAAGACAGAAUCAUGGACCUAAAUUUAACUUAAAUGUAUAUCAAUGUUGUUGACAUUUACUUGAAAUUUUCAUUAGUCAUGAUUACAGAUACCUUUAAAAGGUUUUAUUUCACUACACCAGUUGUAUUAGCAUUUUUGCAUCAUCACUACUGAUAAAUUGAAUUUCAUUCAACAUUUCUAAUACUAAUAGUUCUUACACGUCUAUUCUUUGCAGUCUUAUUUUAAUCAUGUUUACUAUAGAACAAGCAGAUUUAUUUUAAACUGCUAUGAAGUACAAGAUGAGCACAGAUAUUCAUUUGGUGCAUAUUAUCUGAUCACACCCUUAAAAAAACUUUUUUAGAUACGAAAUUAAUAGCAGCUAGAUUCUAACUACACUUUGAUUAGAAAGAAAGAUUGUUUAAAAAUCAUUUAAGGUAUUGUAAUAAACUAUUUUAAGUAUUGAAAACCACUUAUGAAAAUAGGUAGGUUUUUUAAAAUUGAAGUUAUUUAGGACCUACCCAUUUUUUAAAGAUGAGAUUUAAUGGCCAGUCAUGCUAAGUUGAAAUACAUUAUUUUGUGGCUUUUGUUUCCUUUUAUAGUGGUAUGAUCACAUUGGCAUUAAAAAAAAUUGUGGUGA